AUGGGCGGGAACCACUCCCACAAGCCCCCGGUGUUUGACGAGAAUGAGGAAGUCAACUUUGACCAUUUUCAGAUCCUACGGGCCAUUGGCAAAGGGAGUUUUGGGAAGGUCUGCAUCGUGCAGAAGCGAGACACUAAGAAAAUGUACGCAAUGAAGUACAUGAACAAGCAGAAGUGCAUCGAGAGGGAUGAAGUCCGGAACGUCUUCCGGGAGCUCCAGAUCAUGCAGGGGCUGGAGCAUCCUUUCUUGGUCAAUCUGUGGUACUCCUUCCAGGACGAGGAGGACAUGUUCAUGGUGGUGGACCUACUGCUGGGAGGGGACCUACGUUAUCACCUGCAACAGAAUGUACAUUUCACAGAGGGGGCCGUGAAGCUCUACAUCUGCGAGCUGGCCCUGGCCCUGGAGUAUCUGCAGAGGUAUCACAUCAUCCACAGAGACAUCAAGCCAGACAACAUACUGCUGGAUGAACACGGACAUGUUCACAUCACAGACUUCAACAUAGCGACGGUCGUGAAAGGCACAGAAAAGGCUUCCUCCAUGGCCGGGACAAAGCCCUACAUGGCCCCGGAAGUGUUCCAGGUGUAUGUGGACGGAGGCCCUGGGUACUCCUACCCCGUUGACUGGUGGUCCCUGGGUGUCACGGCCUAUGAGCUGCUGCGGGGCUGGAGGCCAUAUGAAAUCCACUCGGCCACUCCCAUCGAUGAGAUCCUCCACAUGUUCAAGGUGGAGCGUGUCCACUACUCCUCCACGUGGUGCAAGGGCAUGGUCGCCCUGCUGAAGAAGCUCCUGACCAAGGACCCCAAGAGCCGCCUGUCCAGCCUCGGUGACGUCCAGAGCGCACCCUACUUGGCCGACAUGAACUGGGACGCGGUGUGGGAGAAGGCCCUGAUGCCCGGCUUCGUACCCAAUAAAGGGAGACUGAACUGUGAUCCCACAUUUGAACUUGAAGAAAUGAUUCUUGAAUCCAAACCACUUCACAAAAAGAAGAAGAGGUUGGCAAAGAACAGGUCCAAAGAUGGCACAAAGGACAGCUGUCCUCUGAACGGACACCUCCAGCAGUGCCUGGAGACGGUACGGAAAGAAUUCAUCAUAUUCAACAGAGAGAAGCUGAGGAAGCAGCAGGGGCAGAGCGGCCAGCUCUUGGACACAGAAGGCCGAGCCGGGAGCCAGGCUCAGGGCAAGCUCCAGGACGGACGGAACAACAACAUUCUGACCCACGCCUGCUCCCGUGGCUGCAGCAUCUAAGCCACCACCUGCGGCUUCCAGCGGGACUGCACGCACCUCUGCCCUGCCCACCAAAAGCCCCUCUCUGUGCCACGAUGGUCCCUGUCUCGCCUCUAAUAACAUCGGAUGCAGAGAAGGAACCCUGGGCUCGGAGCUCGGGAGCCUGGGUUCUGGUCCCAGCUGCCCGGCUGAUACCUACCUGCUUGACUGUGGACAAGCCUUGCCCUUUCUGUGCCUCAGUUUUCCACGUCUGCCAAAGGGGUUAAACAGCUCUCUGCCCCACCUCUAAUGACAAGGUUAUUCAAAGAAUCCAAUUGGGUAGCAGACAUGCAAAACCUUUAUAAAGUUGUUUACACGGGCAAAAUAAAACCUUAAUAUUUGAAGUACACUCCCCUCCCCCAAAGCAAUUAGACCAACACAACUUUGCAAUUCGGUCCAUCCUGGCUCUUAAGACAGUACUUUUGAAAAUGCAGCCCUCAAACAUCUGAUGUGUUAGCCCAGCCUAUGGAAACACCAUUCCCCAACCCUGGAGCUAAGCCGGAAGUGUCUUCUUUUGCCUUCUCUGUCAGGCCAGUCUUUCUGACCUUCUAAGAUGGCUCUCCACCAUCUCCACCUUUAAUUUCAGUAGGUCUCCACUUCCCCCCCCCACCCCUGGUGCUGGGAUGGCCCAUAGAUGCCCAUUCAGAAGGUCAAGUCACUGACCAUCAGUCUCUCCUAUAGAGUGUCAGCAGAGUUCCUC